UCACCUCGUGCGUCAUCAUCAUCUGCUCCUCGUACCUUCUUCAGCACACCACGCUUGCAACGGACCAUAUACUUUCGAACGCGGCUGUGCAUUCUUUACCACCAGCGUGCAGAAUCAAGAUAAUGGAAGACCAGCGUCCGAUUCAGCAACGCGACCAAGAGCAACAGACGACACGCGUCGUUACUGAACAAUCAGGGUUGCGGUACACGCUCCAGAAACAGAACCUGCUUCUGGUCGCCUUUCUCAUUGUCGGAAUCCUCACCGUCACCGGUGCCUGCUUUGCCGUCGUCUACGCUGUUGUGGAGCACUUCUCGCUGACAUACGCCGACGCCUCUGAAGAACAUCCGAUGGCGACCUCCUUGAAGGGACGCGCACUGCACAUCGCCAUGCAGAAAGUGUCGGAUGAAGACCUCGGCAAGAUGGUCUUCUGCUUCGUCAAGCCGAAACCGAUGUCCACGUCUCCUCACGCGUUUCGCAUCGAAAAUGUCAGCACAGCGCUCUGCGACGCCAUUGUCUACACUUCGGUGGGAAUCGACUCGAGCGGUACUAAGAUCCGCAGUAGGAACCUUGACGUGGACAUCGGGGCGCAAGGUUUCAAGCGAUUUGUUGCGCUCAAGAAGCGCCCUGGUUCUCAGCGGCUCACCACUUGGAUCUGCGUUGGUAGCGAAGAAAGUGACAACGACCAGUUCAGAGCGAUGGUGAGCCGGAGAAGGACCAGGCUCAGCUUCAUCCACAACGCGGUUGCCUGGAUGAAAGAGCAGCGGUUCGACGGCGUAGCGGUCUACUGGAGGUACCCCAACGCCGAGGCCAAGUCAAACUUCAGCACCCUGAUAAACACCCUUCAAUAUUUUUGCCACAAAGAGAACUUACGCAUGACUGUUGUUCUUCCCUGGAACUUUGCCAACCGCCGACAAGGGUACUUCGUUCGAUCGAUCUACGACCACACGAGCUACGUCAUCGUGGACAGCCAGAAGACCGUGAACCCGCGUGAUUUUCCGGUGACCACUUGUCAGAGCCCAAUGCGGUGCACUUUUCGUGCUAGACGUCACGGGCAGCUGGGACUGACUGCAAUUCUGGAUGACCUGUCGAUGGAGACUGACCACCUGCUUAAGCGGACGGUACUUAGUAUUUCAUUGGGCGGAAUAGCCUUCACGGUGAAACGUUCAGGUCUUCAUCGGAUGGGUAUGACUUCUGUUGGUGCUGGGAGGACCCUUGGCUUAAAAAACAACAGAUUGGGCAUUGUCAGCUACUACGACAUCAAAGAAACGUUGCUGAAGAACGCCAGCUGGACCGAGUACUUCCACAGAUCCGCACGCUGCGCCAUUGCUUACAACCAAGACCAGUGGAUCGGCUUUGAGAACCACGAAAGUAUUCAAGCGAAAAGACCUCUCGUGCGGAGGACUUCAGGAAUGGCUGUCUGGGAUCUCGAAAUGGACGAUUUCGCUGGCGGUUUGGGUCCCGCCUGGCCUCUGCUCACAGCUGCGCAUGAUGUCGUCCAUGGGCAGCAGAAUUAUGACCUGGUGACGCUGACAAUUCCGCUCUCAAGAAAAUGAGCGCAGUUUACAGCGCAGUUGAAUGAGGAACUGUUUAGCAUAACCCUUCGAUGCGCAAUUUUCAACACGUGCUGUACCAAAGACUUCCGCUGUGGGCUGGGCUCUGUACGGCAUGCUUUUUCCAAAAGCAGCGCGAUACUAUGUAACUAAAGAAUUUGCAAUUUGUUCAAUAGGGUGUGCAUUUUUGUUCCUUCCACU